AUGGGACUCGGCGCUGCUCCGGCUCCUCACGCCGCGUCUCCCGUCGCCGCCAUCUUCUCGCCGCACGGACGCUCGCGUCGGCCGCCGCGCCUGCGCACUGGUCGCGCCGUGGGGCGGGAGCGUGCUGUGCGCCUGCGCGCCCCGAGUGGGCGUGCCUGGCCGCGCGACCUUCCCGCUCCGCGGCGCGUCGUGGGCCAGACGGCGCCCGCAGUCUCUGGGCGUCCGAGUUCUCCAGGGGACAGCGGAAGGCGCUGGGGAGCCCCCGCGUUCCCGCGUUGCGCCGUCUGCUCCGCUUUGACUCCCCUCUCGCGGCGGAGCCUCGCCGGGCGGCAGGAAAUAAAACCCAGCCGGCGGCGAAAGUGCUGGAGAGCGCGCGCGGCAGCGCAGCUCCGGGAGCCCGGGUUUGCUCCCUCGGGAGGCUGGGCCGGGCUCCAUGGCCCCGUACCAGCGGAGAAAAAGCGGGAGGGACGGAAGGAAAGCGGGAAGGAAGAGGAGAGGAAGGAAAGGGGACAUGGCGAGGGGAAGAAGGACGGAGCUGGCGACCUGGCUGCGGUGGCCGGCCGGAAGGCUCGCGCCGCGUGUGACUGCUUCAGGCAGGUUCCUUCUCAUCCUAGGAAGAUGUCACCGCCCGCAAGAUUUCUGGGAGGAUUCAAUUUGAUGUACUCGCGCACCCGGGCCGAGAGCGCUCCGGUGAAGCCCAGCCCCGUGGUUCUGGCACCGUCCUGCGGCUGCCGGACUCUGGGCGCCGCCCCGGAGCCCCAAGCCUGGUCUCGAGGAACCGGGAUCGCCGGGCGCCCGCGGAGGAGCGACUGUGCUAAGAGGAAAGGGAGAGGGGCGGAAUUGCAGCGUGUGCAUCCUGAUUGGCUUGUGGCAGGGCGAACAACAAAAAACACUAAGGGAAAGGGAAAUGGAGAUUUUAUAAAACUGUACUGCGACUUCAAGACCCAGCAGCUACUUGAGUCUUUCUCCCUUCCAGGCAAGUCGCCCAGCCGUGUUUGAGGUUUGUUUUGUUUGGACCCAGUGCCCUGCCUGCUAGCCAGCACUGCCACGACCACCCGGCCUCUCCUGUCUUCCUUCGGUUUUCCUUCAGGCUCCUGCCAACCUGUGUCGCAGGCCCAGCUCACAGUGUUCACAGGCCCUUUCCUGUGUCUUUUGGAGAGGUUUGAGUAUGGCUGCUUCAUGAAUUACUGGUAACUUCAAAGUGUACGCCGGACACUUGUCCCCACUGUCUGAAGGUGUCUGCUGCGGAAUGUAGGGUGAAUGUCAGAAUGCCUGCCAGCCUUUAAGUGGCUCAACGAAAAGUAAAGCCCAUGCACGCACCAACCUCCAGAGAAAGCACAUGUGCAAAUGUAGCAAAAGGGUAACAGACCUAAGGGUUUCUUUGAAAUAUUCUACAGCAAAAAGAUGAGGCAAGUUUUGUUCUUGUCUUUAGGAUGAUAGUGUUCCUGUGUUGUACCGUGCUGCCCUGCAGUGGGGACUGCCAUGGAAAAUCAAGGUCUACACAGUAGAGACUGGGGACUUAGUAGAGUACUGCAGUUCUAAUCUUUUUAUCAUAAUGUUGCUUGGACAACAAAUGAAAGCCAGUAAACAAGACCCAGGGGCCGUUCCUGGUCACUUUUGUAGUCCCCAGGCUGGUCUCGAAUUCGUAGUGAUCCUCCUGUCUCAGCCUCCCGAG